AUGGACAAACGCGUCAGAGAUAGGCGCGCCGCCAUGAACAGAUCAGAAUUGUACGUCGACAAAGUGCAUACUUGGCACUCACUUCAAUUCAUUCCGAUGCCCGUGCACACUGUAGAGCACAAGACGCACGUGCAGACAAACAUUUAUCCUGCACUUGCCGAUGCAUGCAUGACAGGCUCUUUGCCGCUGAGUAAUGCAAGUGAAACACUACUUGCUGUGGAUUCGGGAGAUGAGUUCAUGUACGUAGCUGUGCAUGGAGGAGCAGAGAUCCUACGAUGGUCAUACAGUAUUGGAGAUGGGCACAUCCUGUCCUUCUCUUCAAGACACACCAUUUUGGACCUGAACGCAGACGCGCAUCGCCAUCCUCAACACAUUGUGGACAUGAAGUUUUAUGUCGGCUCACUCUAUGUUGCUGUUGCACAAGGGCGUAUCUUCCGUAUAAACGAGGAUGCACUUUUGUCAUCCAAUACAAUGGCAGCCGUUCAUGAACUCUACAAGGACCUGUCCAGGUACUUGGGUGAUCUUCGCAGCCUUUCGGUUGCCGGUACGUAUCUCCUUUGGACGCAAUCAUCGCAGGUGACACUCGGCAGCGUGGAUGGUAUGAAGGAAGAGGUGUCUGACAGAGCACUUCUGGUGGAGAAAUCUCUUCAGGAUUUGGCAGGUUCUUUGGUGGAGGUUGUGCAAGCAGAACUGGCUGCUGACGCAACAAGCUUUUUUGUCGCAGUUUGGGACACAGACCAAGCAACAUUGUCAGUUUUCCAGGUCGCCAUUUCUGUGGAGACUACCAGCAAUGCCAUGGUAGAACACCAGCAACUGCGGGAGCUCCGCCAGAGCUGGACAAGCCGUGAUGUAAGACUAAUGCUCACACCAUUCUCUGCUUUCGUGCAUAAUCGUAACGAGAUUUGGAUGUUCCCCACGAGUAUCAGUAAGGACACAACGCCGUCCCAGAUAUCCUCGCCUGGAUCUUCUAAUCGAAUCUCUGGUUGUGGCUUUUUCUUCCAGAAGGGUUUGGAUUGCAAGGUUUCUGAUUGGCUGAACAUGAGCUCUUGCAGUGCAUCGUGCGGCGGUGGUCUUGUGCGUCAAGCCAGGGAGGUUUUAGCGGAACCAUCUCUAGGUGGUCAGCCUUGCCCCGGAGACUUGGAGCGAGAAGUCGCUUGCAACGAGAUGCUUUGCCCUGUCGACUGCAAGAUGAGUCUCUGGAAGGAUUCAGGUGGCUGUUCACGCAGCUGCGGGGGCGGUACAAUUGUUCAGACCCGAAUCAUUGAGUCCCACCCAAUGUACGGAGGCGCUCCUUGCUCGAAAGUCUUGGAGCAUGAGGUGGGAUGCAACUCUCAGCCGUGUGAAGGAACUGACUGCAUCUUCUCCGACUGGAUUGACAAGGGCGCCUGCUCGCGGACAUGUGGCGGAGGACGGCGAGAGCAGUAUCGCAAGGUGUUGAGGGAAGCUGCCUUCGGUGGCAGGCCAUGUUCGGACAUGAAUGCGUCCCGCCUGGUGCAGUGCAACAUGGUUCCCUGCAAGGCUGAGGGCUUUGAUCCCAUUGCUGGGGGACGUGCCUCAGGCUUUGACUUUGACAUCAGUGAUUUCUGCGAUCCAUCAGAGACGUUAGAGAACUGCCGCGGAAAGUGA